AUGCCCAUCGUGCAGGUAACUGCCGUGGAUAAAGACAGAGUAGACAGAGGGGGACUUCUGUACACGCUGACGGGUGACGGGGUAGACGGGCUGCCGUCUCAGGACGCUUUCUUCUCCAUCGACCCUCAGACGGGCGUCGUGACGCAGCUCAGGGCUCUCGACCGAGAUCCUCCAAAGGGCAAGCCCACUUGGAAGUUGAAAAUCCAAGUCAGUGAUGGUCAAAAAAACUGGAGCCAAAACCGGGAGCCUCCUUUUUAUGGAGGUGCUGAGUUGGAGGGCGCCAGCGUGGAUGAAAAAAUCCCUGCAUAUGGUGGUGACUCCAUCCCAGAGGAUGGAAAGCUACUACAAGAAACUGAUGAUGAACCUCUGCCAUUUUCAACAGAUGGUAGCCUAAACAGCGAAAAAUUCGUUUUAAAUCAAAACUACUUCAUCAACUCAGGCAAAGUAAAGAGCAAUUCCAACAAUAAACGACACAAACGGAACGAUAAAGUCAGGAAAGGCCACCGAGAAAAUCAGGUUCAUCAGGAGCCUUUACCUCUGUUGUCGGAGGGUGAAUCAUUCAAAGGCCGUAGCGAGAGACACCUUCAAUAUGAGUCACGAGUUGGAUACGACAACGUGACCGAUGAAGUGACGCAGUUUACUAGCAACGUGACAUUCAACGAAAAUCUUGGUCUCCAUGACAACAAGGAAGUAAAACGCUACAGAAUAUCCACUUCAUCGCAAUCGUCCUCGCAAGAUAGCCAGAUUAGAGACGUGAUCCACGUUACUGAUACAGAAGCAAAGAGAAUAAUUCAAUAUUCCCAGCCUCUCCAUAAGCGGGAAAAUUAUUUCAGUGUCUUAAAUAAAGGAACAAAUCAAAGAAUAUCUCCUAAAAAAGACGUUGCAGCUUCUAAUGUCUUUGAAGCAACGGAAUUUCACGGAGAAAACGACGAUCAUCAGAUAAUUGCCUCAUUAUCUGAAGGUAACGUCCUGACUGUUGACUCUCCUCUCAUUGGUCCGUCAGUUGAGUUGAAAGUUAACGCUGAGCUCUUAAUAGGGAAUAAUAAACGUCGGAAACGAGACGCCGGCCCUGGAGAUGCGCUUGUAAAGCAGCCCCACGUCGUCUCCCCGACCAUUAGAAGCAAUGCACGACUGCGAGUUGGUCCUUUUCAAGCUCCUGUUCCCGGUCUGGAAAUUCAAUUAGAUGAAGAUAAUCCGUCUGUUCUCGAGGGGAUAAUAAACACGUCAGUGCGGGAGAAGCAGCUCCUCGAGCUUCAAACUACCUCAGCAGAUGAGAAUUUACGGCAGUUGGACAUUAGUUCGAAAUUGAGUGCGGUUUCUGAAACGACUGUUGUGAAUGCCACGUGUCGAGAUGAAAUACACGCUAACGCCGUCUUAUCGGAUAUUUAUGAGGCAUUGCGCGACCAUAACGCGCCGAAAACACGAUCAAAUGCAGCACAUAUCAAACGGAGAGCUAUGAGGUACGAUGAUCAGUCGAACUCCCAACACAAGCGCAGCGUGCUCACAAACCAGCCUGGAAUUAAACUCGAUUCCGGGGGCUGCCUGGACAGCCUAUACGAGGGAGGCUCUUUAUCUCAGUUUAAUUUGUUCGACGAAUAUCAGCGACUACUUCGCUUAAUUGAGCUGGGGAGUGGAGUUAGGAGGAGCAUCCACGUGGUCGAGACAGAAUUAACUAUUAUUGUAAAAGACAUUAACGACAACGCGCCAGUCUUUCCGAACGCCACCAUGUUCGGAGAGGUCCAGGAAAAUGGGCCCAUAGACUUGACUGUGGCGGUGGUGAAGGCCUGGGACGCCGACGACGCUGCAGAGGGCAGCAACGCUCGCCUCACUUACGCCAUCGAGAAGAAUGUCCUGCAGGAUAAAACUGGAGCUCCUCUUUUCCAGAUCGGUCCCCGGACCGGUAUCCUAACUACAGCUCUGUGCUGCCUCGACCGCGAGACCACACCAGAGUACCACGUGCAGGUCGUGGCUAGUGAUGGUGGCGGCCUGAAGGGCACCGGCACGGUGGUCGUCAGUCUGUCUGACGUGAACGAUAACUCGCCGCGUCUGCUCAAGAAGGAGUGGAAACUCAUCGUCCCGGAGACGCCCGGGAACGAAGCGCCAUCUACCAACUCACUUACGGACACAACGGUAGUUGAGGACUCAGGCUGGGGCUGGGACCACUUCGCUGUCCGAACGACAGGCAACGCUUCCGUAGGGCAGCUCUACGCCAUCAAAACGCUCGACUACGAAAACGAAGUGCAUAGAAGAGGCUUCAGGUUUAUGGUCGAAGUCACCGAUAGAGGUCGAGGAGGUUGGGACGAUCCCAGACACACAGACCAGGCGUGGGUUGAAAUUAAACUCAGCGACGUCAACGAUAACGCACCCAAGUUCAAACGACGUUUUGCUCACGUCGUCGUAGACGAGGACGUUAAACCUGGCACGAUCCUGGCGACCAUGACAGCCGUUGAUCCCGACCAAGGUGGUUCCCAGUCAGUUUCAUACCACGUCACCGGGCGCUACGCGCAAGACUUGUCCGUCUCGUCAGCGGGAGCCGUGAAGGUCGUAAGGUCUUUGGACCGCGAGAGCCUUGAUCGCGGUAUCGCAGUCGUGCAAAUCGUGGCGGUUGACUCCGGCACUCCGGCUCUUUCAUCGACGGCCACGAUGAGCCUGAGCCUCGCAGACGUCAACGAUUGUCCGCCUGAGCUGAACCAGCCUCGCAAGCUGCACGUGCUAGAGGCCACCGACCCGGGGCCCGUGGGUGUGCUGACGGCGACGGACCGAGACGUGUGGGCGCAAGGCAACGGUCCGCCCUUCAAGUUCUCCCUGGCGGAGUCUAAUCCACCGCACAUUAAAGAACUUAUCGCACUGGAGAUGGAUCCAUUGCUGGACAGCGGGCGCGGCGGCGCGACGCUGCUGACCCAGCGGCCGCUGGACCGCGAGGUGUGGCGCGAGCUCGUGAUCCGCGUGCGCGUCGCUGACGCCAGGGGACUGGCGGCUGAGAGUCUCGUGCUGCUCGUAGUGGACGACACCAACGACCAUCCCAUGAAGCCUGGCAGCAAAACUGUCUAUCUCUGGAGCACUGUUAGCGGGCAGGCGAAGGCUAGCCUUGGACGCGUGUACGUGGAAGAUCCAGACGACUGGGACGUGAGCGACAAGACGUUCUCCUGGAAGGCCGCCCCUCACCCUCUCUUCCAGCUCGACCCUCACACGGGACAGCUCUACUCUUCUGGUCACAUCCGCGAGGGAAGAUACGACCUGGAGACCGUGGUGUCGGACCGCGUGUGGAACCAGCGCGAUGUGGCAGCGAACGUGACUGUGAUGGUACAGGUGCUGGAGCCUACAGCCCUCACAUCUGCUGUGCCUCUUACCCUCACUCCCCUCACUGCCACUGCCCUCACUGCCGGCUGGCAUCCCACCGAAGGUGGCGGGCUACUAGGACGCCUAACAGAUGCAGUGGGCAAGGCUAUUCAAAUAUCCCCGCGUGAUGUGGAAAUUGUGAGCGUAUCCGGUAACUCGGAAAACGAUGAAGACCAACUUGUUCCUUCGGCGAUGGAUAUUGCAAAUUUACUAGAGAUAAAGCACAACGGCAAUUCAAAGACAAAAAAUAAUGUACAUGCUGAGCUCAACAACCACAAAAUAAUGAGCAGGAUUCAGUCGAAUGGUGCACAUAAAGACGCUACACAGAAAAUUUAUGGUACAGCGGAGCAUUUAGACGAUACUGAGCCGUCCGCCUCCGUGUGGCUCGCUGUCAGAACAGGCCCGGGGAAUUUCAUGAACUCCGUCAAGCUGCAUGGGCUUCUUGAGUUACAAUUACAAGAGCUGCAGAACGUCAUGAACCUCACAAUUAUCGUGUCCGAUAACAAACUUGAGUCGGACACGAGGACAGCGACGUUCCUUGAAGAUUCUGCCUCGAGUUCAUCUGAAGUUGAAAGGAAGUUGAAAGCCAUUCCUUCCACCGCCUUCGAUGGAUCCACAUCGGAGCACUACGCGAGCUUCCUGAGGGCGAGCGAUCCUGCUUCUGCAACAUCCAGAGUCCCGACGCCCAUCACUCUGCAGGUGGUCGACAACAACCGCACGUCCCUGGUGACGCCUCGUCUGUCGCGUCCCCAGCACUGCACGUCACUAAAUAAACCGACGUCCGCUUUACUGGACGAAGUUUUGCUGUCCUCGUCUCAGUCGUCUGUGGCGUGUCAAGACGAGGAGUGUCGCAACGGUGGUAAAUGUGCGCCUCGCCACCACAAUUCAAGGUGCAUAUGUCCAAGUUACACGGAGGGCCCAGCGUGCAGCAUCACGUCUCGCACGUUCUCUGGGUCGGGCUGGGCAUGGGUAAACCCUCUGCCCUUGUGCUCUCCUACUCACGUAUCCUUCCAUGUGCUCACCAAAAGUCCUCAAGGAAUUCUGCUCUACUCAGGCCCACUUACGUCCAACACACAGAGCUUAUGGGGCAGUAAAUACGUGCAUAAUGUGCCUGUGAAAGGCACUCAUUCUCACCCGUCAAGUGGCCCAGAUUUCUCAAUUAAAAGGACAAGGAGAAGAAUCUCUUCAGCUGAGUCAGGGAAAAUGCAACGAUCUUUUCUGGCGGUGCAACUCAAUGACGGUAAACUCGAAGUAGUGAUAGGAGACUACAAGAGCAAGACUAAAGUGCAUCGCAUCAACGCCACGUACGACAUCAGCGACAGCGUCUGGCACUCAGUGGACAUCGUUGUCACUAACGAGGCGAUCCACGCCACUCUGGACGGCUGCUCCAAGCAAUGGAGUCUAACGAGCAACAGCCCUUCCAGCCAAUGCAGAGUUUCAGUUCCUGUAAAUUUGGCUUCACUGAACUUUGACUCCGGAGUUCUUCAGUUGGGCGGGACGGCUCGUAGCUCGGAUGCAGCUCCGGAAUUGAUAAACAGCGGACUUGAUGGCUGCAUCUCCAGACUCACGGUGAACGGGAAGUUCGUGGACCUCGGCGAAGUGGCGUACAGUCACAACAGCCGAGCCGGCUGCGCUCCUGAAGAGUCGGAGUGCAUUGCGGACUGCGGACCCCGAGGAAAAUGCGUCAUAAAGCAGCGCGGUGAAUCCGAAUGUCAAUGCGCCCUGGGCUUCAAAGGACCACAAUGCGCGGCAUUCACGGAGCCUGUUACUCUUGAACCAAAGAGCUAUGCCAAACUCGCGCUCUCAUUCUCGCCUGAUCCGUACGAAGUGACGCUGCAGUUCAGGAUCAGGACCCGACAGACGGAAGGAGUUUUGGUCAAACUCGCCGCUCGACACGAGACUGUCACGCUCACCGUGCAGCUCAGGCAAGGCUCAUUAUGCGCUACGCUUCAAAGUUUUGAAAGACACAAAAACAAAGGACCGUCUUUCGAAGCCCGGAAGAACUACGAAAUGCAAUCAACGGGUAAAUUCGUCCAUCGAGACAAUUUCCAGGACAAUGAAAAACUGCGAUCAUUUUCAAGGAGGGCUCCUGAAUCGACCUUAAACAUGGAGCCUCUUUUUGUGGACGUCUGUUGGACGAGAAGCAAAGUAUCCGACGGUCGUUGGCAUUCCGUCCAAAUGAGUCGACGCGGACAAGACUUGGCGCUGCAAUUGGAUCGCCUUGAACCUGUAAAGUCCACGCAUUUUUCGUCUCCUUAUAAUCUUGUUGAACAAGACCACAGACAGUACGACUUCUCUGAGGAGGAUUCUACACAAAAAAGGUAUACACCUCCUCUGCCGCUCAACGUGGAUAAGCGAGAUGGAGUGACGAUCGGCGGAGUUCCGUUCUUCGAUGGACUUUCGCUCAUCAGCGUUGCUGGAGAUCUCAAGUUCAGUUGUCUGGACGACUUGCGUAUCGACGGGCACGUGAUGCCGCUCCCACCGUAUGUGAACGCCACGCCCUGGGGUCAGGUGACCGCACACGCGCAGUUCUCGCGUGGCUGCAGCGGUCCAGACGCGUGUGCUGGGGCCAUGUGCCUUGAUCCCUUCGUGUGCCGCGACAUCUGGAGGGAGCACACGUGCACGUGUCCCAGGGGAACACGUCUCACGUCCCACGUGUGUCAGGAUGAAGACGUGUGUCACCCGUCACCGUGUCUCCAUGGGGGAAGCUGUUAUCUCAUACCUGAACACGGAAGAGACACAAAAUCCCCUGAAAAUAGGGAGUCUUGGGAGGAUGGAAUCAGCGAGAAUUGGGGACCUGCCUGCCGCUGCUUGGAUCCCCACUCUGGUCGGUUUUGCGAGUGGGGAAGUGUGGGACAAAUUCCUCCUGAUAAACUCCCCAUUGGGCUAAUAAUGGGAAUGAUAGCAUUGGCAUCGUUAACAGUUCUCUUCACAAUUCUGAUAGUCUUAAGAUUGUGCAAGUCGCGUAGGACGAAAAAGGCCGGAGCGUCGCUCGGGGGCAGCAGCCACGACUUCAGCAAAGGAACGGACGUUGUUUCCGUCAGUCUCGAUGAUGUCAACAAACCAGCCAAGAAAGAAUCAUUGUUGGACCCGAAAAAAUCAAAGAAAAACUCCAGCACUGCAAGUGACUGUGGCGCUUAUGGCCACCAGGAAGAAGGACCUGACCUGGCAAAUGUUGGGCCGCUCGAUGGAAGAAUUUCUGUCAUCCUUAGAGGCAGCGUUUCUAAAGAACAAGGUAAUUCGCAGCCACACAGCGCCCUGAUUGGCCGCUUCGCUGCAGCCAAUCAGGAGGCGCUCGCCAGCCAGGAUGACCUCAGGACUUACGCGAGGGUUCCUCUGGCAGCUCCUGGGGCUCGACCAUCUCUGGUGCGUUUGUGCGGCCUCCGAAGGGAAAUAAUUACUGCGAGACAAGACGUCAAUGAUGCCGUUGUUGGCACUGCGAUCAAGCCGCUUGCUCCAGGCUUUACUUACGUUAUCGAUUUACUGAAAAAUCUCAAGGACGCUGAUGUAAGAAAGCGACCACCGCGCUCACAAGCACAGAACAUCAAAGAAUCUAAAUCUACGCCUACAAACACUGAAGAUGCGCUAAAAAGUAGCCAUAACCACUUCGCGGAAACACCAGCAUUGGCAGAACCUUUUCUUACUUCAUCAUGUGCUGGCGCAGGGACACUGACAAUGAAUUUUGAUGCGUCUUCCAAUUCUUCACGAGUAAGAAGUGGAGGUUCCUUUCUACAGGAAACUCCAGUCACUUGUGACUUCCAGAUAAACGCACGAGUAGAUCUCCAGAAGCGGCUCAUGAGAUUGGAAUAUGAAGCGCAACGCUCGUGCUCAGAUUUGCUUCAAGGAAGUUCAUGUCAGUUGCCCAUCCUGGAUCCGUGUGCCAAUUCUCUGCAGCGGCAGCAUUUUCGAAACCUGCCUCGAGGAGCGACGCCACACAGACCAAAUGACGUGAGACAAUCAACUGAUGUGCCACCGAGUGACAGUCUAGCGCUUAUGAGCCUCAUAAGUUCGGCAAGCCCAGCAGCCAUCGCGCCUCCCGUUCAGUUUCGCGACGAACAUACUACGUCGCGUCGAGUGAAAAGCAGCCGAGAGCGGGACGCCUUGCAAACAUAUCGCCAGACUUUAACGCGUGCUGAGUCUAAUACUUCAGUACGGACGGAGUUUCUGCGAAGAAUAGAAAGUCCUAAUAGCAUUUCUUCCCUUGCUUCUUUCCGACGUGAUGUGAAACCAUUGAAAUCAGCGAUGAAACAUACGGCUAAGCAUGAGGAGGAGCAGUCAACGGCCUUCUAA